AUGGAAAAAGAUAGUGAACUGAAGGCAUCGAUUCCAGGAUCUAGGCAAUUGAAUCUGAAAAAAUCAUUCAAGCGUGCAUUACAUUCCUUAUUAACUGCUUGCCCCAAAGAGGAAUUUUGUAAGGCUUUUCCAAGUUUUACUGCAGCAGAACACGAACGCCUCCACAGGCUGUUCAUUCAGGUGAUCAAUUCUUUGCAUGAAGAUAUAGAGGAAGAAUUCGAGUCUAUAUGUCUUGAGACACAGGCUGCAACGGUUCUUGACAAUGUAGAGGAACUCGUGGAAGAACAUAGUCUGGAUCCUCUACUUUCUGAGAAGAGUAAUGUUGGAGAAACUGCACAAAAUUUGUCCGAAACAAAGAAGAACGAACUCCACUACCUGACGGGGAUUUUGCGAAAGGCAGAAGAACAGAAGCGUGAUAUCAGUGCUCGUCUUGAACUCCUAAAGAGGGAAAAGCACGACUUCUCUGGUGCUAAGAACCUUCUUGCUGAGUUAAGGACUGGGAUAUUGAACUAUGAGAAUGGCCGCAGCGCGAGGAUCACUAAUACAUAA